AAAGACUAGGCACAUGCAAAGCAAAGGUAGUGUCAACCUGGAUUGUUCAUUCCAGCGGCGUUCCGAUUUAGAAAAUCAGCUCUGGAUAUUUUUGCAAACAUUAUAGCUCGUUCCCGAUGUGUUAACAUUAUAGUUCAUACACAGAGAUAAUUUGGAAUUCAAACCUGCGAAUUCGCAGUCGGUCGCGAGGUGAUGGCCACAUUUCUAUAAUAAAUAUUGCAAAAGAAUAUUACUGUAGUUGCUGAAUCAACUCAGCUCGUCAUUGAAAUAGCAUCCAUCCUGCGUGUUCGUUACAUUCCAAACAUUUACGAGAUUCGUGUUAACCCACUCGGCAUUCGUUUAUUUCACCUGCCAAGGAGAAAACGUGUGACAGACAAUGUGCAUUUGUCAGGUUGGAGUUGGUGAAGAAGGAAUCAGUAGUUGAAGCUUGUACCUGAAGGAUUCGUGCCAUGGCCCCGCGGAAGAGAAGUGGACGGGGGAUCUCCUUCAUCUUCUGCUGCUUCAGAGGAAGCGACCAUCCUGAGAUCACCUACCGCCUCCGCAAUGACAGCAACUUCGCCCUGCAGACCAUGGAGCCGGCACUUCCCAUGCCUCACUCGGAGGAGCUGGAUGCCAUGUUCUCCGAGCUUGUGGAUGAACUCGACCUCUCGGACAAACACAGGGAGGCUAUGUUUGCACUCCCCGCAGAGAAGAAAUGGCAAAUAUACUGCAGCAAGAAGAAGGAGCAAGAGGAAAACAAAGGCGCAACCAGCUGGCCUGAGUUUUACAUCGACCAGUUGAACUCCAUGGCUGCUAGAAAGACUCUUCUUGCCCUAGAGAAAGAAGAUGAAGAGGAGAGAAAUAAAACGAUUGAGAGUCUGAAGACGGCACUCAGAACACAGCCUAUGAGGUUUGUCACCAGGUUUAUCGACUUAGAUGGCUUGACAUGUAUCCUCAACUUUCUAAAAAGCAUGGACUAUGAGACCACUGAGUCUCAGAUACAUACCUCACUGAUAGGAUGCAUUAAGGCGCUCAUGAAUAACUCUCAGGGCCGGGCUCACGUACUAUCUCACACAGAGAGCAUCAACAUCAUUGCUCAGAGUCUCAGCACAGAGAACAUCAAGACCAAGGUGGCGGUGUUGGAAAUCAUGGGAGCUGUGUGUCUGGUGCCAGGGGGCCACAAGAAGAUCCUCGAGGCCAUGCUACAUUACCAGAAGUUUGCUUGCGAAAGGACUCGCUUCCAGACAUUAUUGAAUGACCUGGACAGAAGCACAGGGAGAUACAGGGACGAAGUAAAUCUGAAAACAGCCAUCAUGUCCUUUAUCAACGCAGUUCUUAGCCAAGGAGCUGGAGCGGUAAGCCUUGAGUUCCGCGUCCAUCUCCGGUAUGAAUUUCUCAUGCUGGGAAUCCAGCCAGUUAUAGAUAAAUUGCGUUCCCAUGACAACGCAACAUUAGAUCGGCAUUUGGAUUUCUUUGAAAUGCUGAGAAAUGAAGAUGAACUGGAAUUGUCGAAACGAUUUGAUGCAGUCCACAUAGACACGAAAAGUGCUAGCCAGAUGUUUGACCUCAUUAGAAAGAAGAUGAACCAUACAGAAGCAUACCCGCACUUUAUAUCUGUUCUACACCACUGUCUCCAAAUGCCUCAUAAGAGAAGUGGCAACACAAUGCAGUACUGGUUACUCCUUGAUCGAAUAGUACAACAGAUUGUCCUUCAGAAUGACAAAGGUCACGAUCCAGAUGUUGCACCGUUAGAAAACUUCAAUGUAAAGAAUGUCGUUCGAAUGCUGGUUAAUGAAAAUGAAGUCAAGCAGUGGAAAGAGCAGGCAGAAAAAAUGAGAAAAGAACACAGUGAACUGCAGCAGAAGCUAGAAAAGAAAGAGAGAGAGUGUGAUGCCAAAACCCAGGAGAAGGAGGAGAUGAUGCAGACCCUCAAUAAGAUGAAAGAGAAAUUGGAGAAAGAGGCUUGUGAGCACAAGCAAGCCAAACAGCAAGUGUCUGAACUCUCCACACGGCUGCAUGAUCUUAGCACCAGGGCUAGUUUCUCCUCCAUCCCUGGUGGGCCCCCUCCUCCCCCAGGAGCCCCAGGUGGCCCCCUGCCUCCAACCCCUCUACCAUGCGGCAUUCCUCCUCCACCCCCUCUUGGGGGAAUGCCUCCACCACCCCCACCACCAGGGGGCCCUCCUCCUCCUCCUGGACCUCCACCCCUUGGAGGGGCACCCCCCCCACCUGGAGCACCCCUGGGACCUGCAAUGAAGAGGAAGAACAUCCCACAGCCGUCCAACCCCCUCAAGUCUUUCAACUGGGCCAAACUCCCUGAGAAUAAAUUAGAGGGAACUUUGUGGACUGAGGUUGAUGAUGCUAAAGUUUUCAAGGUGCUUGACCUUGACGACAUCGAGAAGACAUUCUCUGCAUAUCAGAGGCAACAGGACUUCUUUAUGACCAAUAACAACAAACAGAAAGAAACGGAUAACGAUGACACCUUGGGCUCAAAGAAGGUUAAGGAGCUGUCUGUGGUAGAUGGAAGGAGAGCUCAGAACUGUAAUAUUCUUCUGUCCAGACUGAAACUGACAAAUGAAGAAAUCAAGCGUGCUAUCUUAACAAUGGAUGAGCAGGAAGAUCUUCCAAAGGAUAUGCUUGAACAGCUCCUGAAGUUUGUUCCUGAGAAGAGUGAUAUUGACCUGCUGGAGGAACACAAACAUGAACUUGAUCGCAUGGCCAAAGCUGACCGAUUCCUUUAUGAAAUGAGCAGAAUAAAUCACUACCAACAGAGGCUACAGUCGCUGUACUUCAAGAAGAAGUUUGCAGAGAGAGUAGGAGAAGUAAAACCCAAGGUUGAAGCGCUCCGUGUUGCUUCUAAGGAGGUGCUGCAGAGCAGGAACUUUAAGCAGCUGCUGGAGGUAGUCCUGGCCUUUGGGAACUACAUGAACAAGGGUCAGAGAGGCAAUGCAUACGGGUUUAAGGUGUCCAGUCUAAACAAGAUUGCCGACACCAAGUCAAGCAUUGACAAGAAUAUUACCCUCUUGCACUAUCUGAUCACCAUUCUUGAGAAGAAGUAUCCCAAAGUUGUGGCUUUCCAUGAGGAUCUGCAAAAUGUACCCAUUGCUGCAAAAGUGAACAUGACCGAGCUUGAUAAAGAAAUCAGCAACCUGCGAAGUGGCCUGAAAAAUGUGGAGAGUGAGCUGGAGUUCCAAAAGUCAAAGUCUACGCAGUCCGGGGACAAGUUUGUCUCUGUGGUUAGCCAGUUCAUCACUGUGGCUAGUUUCAGCUUUUCCGAUGUGGAGGAUUCACUUACAGAAGCGAAGGAGCUGUUCUAUAGAGCUGUGAAACAUUUUGGAGAGGAUGCAAACAAGAUGCAGCCGGAUGAGUUCUUUGGAAUCUUUGAUCAGUUCCUUCAGUCCUUCAGCGAGGCCAAGCAGGAGAACGAGAACAUGCGGCGCAGGAAAGAGGAGGAGGAGCGCAGAGUGCGCAUGGAGGCACAGCUGAAGGAGCAGCGAGAGAAGGAGCGGAAAUCCCGCAAGGCCAAGGAGAAUGGGGAGGAAGACGGAGAGUUUGACGACCUGGUGUCAGCCCUGCGCUCCGGCGAAGUGUUUGACAAGGACCUCUCCAAGAUGAAACGCAAUCGCAAGCGUAUCAACAGCCAAGUAACAGAGAACAGCCGGGAGAGGCCAGUUACCAAGCUCAACUUCUAAACUUCUACAUGCGAAACACUGCAGCUUAAAAAAGGGGCAGUGGCACUUUCAUUAAAAAUGCUAGGAAUCCUCAAGCUCUCCCUCUCUGUCUCUCAUGCUAGUCACACUGCCCUGUGGCGGCUUCAUUUCUUAUCUGACUUUCUGUUAUUUCCGCUAUUGGCUGAAAAUAAUAAGAAAAAGCCAAUUUGCUGUGGUGCAUAAGAAUACCAAUGUCUGUCUGGAAACAGAUUACAAAAAAAAAAAAACAUUCCCUUCAAUGAAGAGUAUGGAGAAUAAUUUAAAGCUUUCAGUCUUCUAAAGUGAAGUGAACCACUUAUUACCAGGAUCAUCAGCCUGUGGCUGCCCUAACUAUUUAGUUUUUUUUUUUUAUUAUUAUUGUCAUUGAAUACUGGACUAGACAGUUGGAAUAUGGUGCUGGUGCACCAUAGAUGGAGGUUAGAAGGACAUGCAUUGAUAACAGAUCUUCAAAGGAGUUUCAAGCACCCUGAAGGGAUGCCCAUCCAUGCACAUAUUGCAGGAUCUUUUGUUUGACUCUUGGGCGGGACGGAUACUGUUUUAUAACCAUUGGAAAUCUGGAAGUCAUGGAAAUCUGUUUUGUGCUCCCUCCUUGGAAUAAUGUAAUCUCCAAUGACAAUUUUUGAACAAAAGAAACAUAUUUUGUUUCUUUGUGGAAAAGCUUUCAUUCUAACAAAUGCAGUGUUUGCACUGAAAAACAGAAUUAUUGGAGCAUGUUUGUUACUGCCAAGUUACCCCAAAAUGCCCUGCUUUUAUGAAAAACAUUCUAUGCUGUCUCAAAUGGGAUGCUGUUUCUCAAAGGGAAAACAUCAAAUAAAAAUGUAAUUAAAAAUUAAAAGAAAAAAGAAGCCCCCACCCCAUAAUCUACAAGAAAUCUGCUUUUGGAAGCCCAGUAUGGAAGGGGGCAUUGUGGACCCAGGCAUUACUAGUAUACUAAAACCAUAACCUUUUGAUCCUAAAAGGAAGAACUUAAAGUGUAAACACCAGUCUCAAAAUGUAGAAGUGGGCUUUCAGCAAAUCACCAGUUCUUGGCAGGGGAUAUGGUGAUUAUUUGCUUGCUAGGUAAAUUACGCAUUUAAGUGGCCAAUACAAUAAUCAUUUCUACAAUUUUUCCUGCCUGUAGCAGGCACUCUAAUGGCAAAACUGUAAGUUGUAUUUUUAUUACACGAUUUAAAGUCAAAAUGGUGCAGUUUUACUGAUCAGGGCUCACCUAACUGUUUUUGUCUCUGUUUGCAUCUUAUUUAAUUUAAAUGAAAAAAGGUCUACCAAAACAAGCAAUAGACGGAUCUAUAGAACUAUGAGUCAGCUCUUCCUUGAAUAAAACUACACUUUGUAUCCUUAACCUCCUCCAAAUUGUGUGAACAACUUUUCUUUAUAUGUGGGUUCCUAUCUAUAUGACUUUUUAUAAUUUAAAACUGCCUUCUAAUGUAAGAUAGACCUGAAAUACAAAAACAUUAAAUAAAAAAAGGAUGGCGAAGUGUAAA